UAUUUUGUUUUAUUAAUAGGGUCUGACACGAGUGAGGCAUGUACAGGAGAGCUGGAUGAAAGAGUCAAAAAAUUUGAGGAGAAUUUUCGCAAGACCGGAUUGAUAAACGCUGAGAGUGAGAAGAGUGUGGGCCAGCAGCUGCUGUUGCUGCAGACUGAGUUGAAGCAUAUCAAAGAAGAAAACAAGAAGAUUGUUGAGAACUACACAGCUGAACGAACCAUGAGAAAGAAAUACUACAACAUGGUGGAAGACAUGAAAGGUAAGAUCAGAGUGUUUUGUCGAAUAAGGCCACUCACCCGUACAGAGCAGGUGAAAAGAAGUCAAGUCAUAGUCUCGUGUCUCGAUGAGUACUCUGUGAUCCUGGAGACACCUCGAGGACCUCGCGAGUUUCAGUUUGACAAGAUCUUUAACUCUGAGUGUAUGCAAGACGAGAUCUUUCUGGAGUCCAGUGGGCUAAUCCAGUGUGCAAUCGAUGGCUUCAAUGUUUGCAUCUUUGCGUAUGGCCAUACGGGUUCAGGGAAAACAUUCACGAUGGUUGGAGACAAAGAUCGGAGAAACCCAGGCAUCAUUCCCAGGACCUUCACCAAGAUCUUUGAGAUCAUCCAGGAAAAUGAGUCCAAAUUUGAGUUUAAGGUUUCAGCCUAUAUGUUGGAGCUGUACAAUGAUCGUCUACAGGAUCUCUUCGUAAGCCCGACUGAGGCAUUCAGCAAGAAAAUUGAAAUUAAGAGGGACAGAAAGGGUCUUGUGUUUGCCCAGGGAGCAGAGACAAAGGAGGCAGCCAGUGCCGGUGAACUCUUCGCAUUAUUCGAGCAGGGCUGCGCAAACCGUCACAUCGCAGCAACAAAGAUGAAUGUUGAAAGUUCACGUUCUCACCUGAUCAUUGGCAUUAUGAUCAAGAGUAGUAAUCUGACAAAUGGGACCAUAAGCUACGGGAAGCUUAGUCUCGUGGACCUCGCAGGAAGUGAACGAGCAGCAAAAACAGGAGCCAAAGACGACCAGCUAAAGGAGGCAAACUCUAUUAACAAAUCUCUGAGUGCUCUGGGAGAUGUCAUUUCAGCUUUAUCCAUGGAACAGCCUCACGUUCCAUACCGUAACAACAAGCUGACCCAACUCAUGCAAGACUCGCUGGGAGGCAACGCCAAGACCCUCAUGAUCCUUAACAUCUCCCCAUCUGACUGCAACCUGGAGGAGACUCUCACCUCGCUUAUCUAUGCAACUCGAGUGAAAGCCAUUACCAAUAGUGCACAGAAAAAUGUUGACAGCAAGGAAAUCGCCCAGCUGAAAGAAGUGAUUUUAAAACUGAAGUCAGGCCAACCUGUGGAAGAAGAUGUAUAAGCUUCAAUCACAUAUGGCUUUGUUUUCAAAUAUGUCUGUUUUCUCUUUCCUGAAACUAAACCCUGGACAUGAGCCUAUAUCCAUAAACAAAACCAUAAAAAAUAAUCCUUCAAUCAUCAAGUUAACCUUCAUAGCUAAAGUACUUUCAGGCUUUGAAAACUUUAUUUUUCAGUACAUACAGUAUGUGAAAUGUUCAUGCACUGCAGUCUCUGCAAUGGCCUUUAUCAUCUGUUAUCUGUUAGUUGUUUGUAUAAAAAGUUGUGUGUGUGUGUGUGUCUGUGUGUGUGUGUAUUA